AUGCCAUCAUUACUUCGCACAGCAUUGAUUGGCGCCAUCGCCGCUGCAGCUGCCGUUGGCGCCGUGCCGCAAGCCACCACAUCUGCAGUCGUGCCGUCGCCCAGCACCAGCACGCCCGCCACCUCGUCCGGCUCCGGCAAGGCGUGCAACAACUCGCCGACGCUCUGCGGACGCCAGUACAACAAUAUUACACACAUGGGCGCUCACGACAGCGCCUUUCUCCGGGACGCGAGCACCGGCAACUCUGUCUCGGGCAACCAGUUCAAAAACGCCACCAUUGCCCUCGACGCCGGCGUGCGCUUCCUGCAGGCCCAGGUGCACGACAAGAACGGCACCCUCCACCUCUGCCACAGCGACUGUGAUCUUCUCGAUGCCGGUCCGCUGGCAGACUGGCUGCAGCUGAUUGGCAACUGGAUGAAUGCCAACACAAACGACGUCGUCACGAUCCUUCUCGUCAACUCGGACAACGCGCCCGCCGCCACUCUCGGCGCCGCCUUUUCCUCGGCCGGGCUGGAUAAGCUGGGUUACAAGCCCGCCACGACGUCGGCGACCGGCAACUGGCCGACGCUGCAGUCCAUGAUUGACAAGGGCACGCGCCUCGUCGCCUUUGCCACCAACUUUGACUACUCCACCUCCGUCCCGUACCUGCUGCCCGAGUUUGACUUCAUGUUCGAGACGCCGUUCGAGGUGACGGCGCCGACGGGCUUCAACUGCACGCUCGACCGCCCCGGCACCGCCAAGCUCAACAAGUCACCGACGACGGCGCUGUCCAUGAACUACCUCAGCCUGGUCAACCACUUCCAGUACCAGCAGCUGUUCGCCGGCAUCCUUGCCCCCGACGUCGACUCCCUCAACGUCACCAACAGCCCCAACACCGCGGCCGCCGGCAACUUUGGCCGCCACGUCCAGCAGUGCAACUCGGAAUGGGGUGCCCGCCCCAACUUCAUGCUCGUCGACUUCUGGAACGUCGAGAAUCCCAUUGCCGCCGUGGACAAGGUCAAUGGCCUCAGCGACAUUACGGGCCGAGCAUCCGUGAGCGACCAGCCUGGCACGUCAUCCGAUGCACCUGUCAGCUACCGCAGUAUCGGCGGCGGUCUUUUGAUCUCGUUGGCCACUGCCAUUGUCCUUGUAGCGUAA